CACUUCCCUCGGACCAAGCGUGACCCCGGUAGAGGCUUUAGAUAGAUAGAGGUUCCGAUCCCGAUGAACAACAACAUCCGCCUACGUCACUUCCGCCCACUCCAUGUCAAACAUGGCGCUGCUCCUAAGGACGAUGGCCCGUCAGGGUGUCUGUCUCUCCAGACCACACCACGGUGUCUUCUACAGACAAGCUGCUCCAAUGGGAACCACCGCUAAGGAAGAGAUGAACAAGUUCUGGUCCAAAAAUGCCAAAUUAAGCCGACCCAUGUCUCCUCACAUCACCAUUUACAAAUGGUCCGUCCCUGCCUUUCUCUUUGUUACUAAACUUCAAGUCAGUCACAUGUUCCUCCUCGGCAUGUGUUGCAUUUCUUGUUUUCCCCUCAAAGGCAAUGCGCAACACCUAGACAUCCACACCGUGCCCCCCCCCCCCCUCCCCCCACCGCUCAUUACUUGUCUGUGUCUAGCUAUCUCAGCCUUUGCCGUGGCGGCGCUGGUUCUACCCGAGAGUUACCCCCACUACCUGGACUUGAUCCACUCGCUCUCCGUGGGCCCGUAUCUCCUUGGUUUGGCCAAGUUGGCCCUCAUCUUCCCCGCAUCGUUCCACACCUACAACGGCAUCCGCCACUUGUGCUGGGACCUUGGCAAAGGCUUCAGAAUCCCAGAGGUGUACCGGAGCGGCUACACGGUCAUUGGUCUGUCCAUCGUCACCUCCAUAGCAGUGGCUUUCUUCCUCUGAGCAGACGAAGAGAAUCUGGACUCGCAUUCACUGUGGGAGCUUUGUGUAUACGUCGUCGCCUACUGCAGGCCCAAUUUCAUAAUUGCAUCAUUAAAUAAAGGCUUAUAUUAUACUGUA